CACUAGAGGCAAUGGCUGGAAUUGAGUUCUUGUCUCCUGAAGGUCUACGCGUUGAUGGCCGUCGCUCACACGAAAUCAGGAAAGUGCAGUGUAAGAUGGGAGUAUCAAAACACGCCGACGGGUCUGCAUACGUCGAACAGGGAAACACCAAAGUCGUUGCCUCGGUGUACGGACCACAUGAAGUAUUGUCUCGAAGCAAGUCUUUACACGAUCGUGCACUCAUCAACUGUCAAUACAGCAUCGCAGCAUUCAGUACCGGCGAAAGAAGAUUUCGAUCAAAAAGCGAUCGUCGCUCGCUGGAAAUCGGUCGAAUGAUUAAGGAAGCGAUUGAAGCAGCCGUCUUGACAGAGCUAGCUGCCAAAUCACAGAUAGACAUCUACGUGCAGAUACUCCAAUCUGAUGGCGGAAAUAUGUGUGCAUGUAUCAAUGCCGCCACGUUAGCACUCAUAGAUGCCGGAAUACCAAUGAGAGACUUCAUGUGUGGUUGCUCGGCAGGUCUAAUAGAAGAUACACCCAUAAUCGACAUAAAUUAUCUAGAGGAAGGUGCAAGUGGUCCGAACCUAUCGAUAGCUGUUUUGCCACGUUCAGAGAAAGUUGUGCUUUACUAUAUGGAUUCUCGUAUGCACGUCGACAACUUGGAAAAGGUUCUUCGUGCAGCAACCCAAGGUUGUCACGACGUGUUCGGGAUUCUGAACAGAACAGUAAGAGAACACGUCGAUCAGCACAUCGGUGUGCUGGACUCAACAGAAAGCUAAUUCGUGAUGUUCGUUCACACAGUAAUGAAAGAAAGUCAUCGGCACAUUCAAAAUGUGCAACUUAUGUAUAGGCAUUGUAUAUAAUUAUUAAUUGAUUGCAUACUCUUGGCGCUAAGAACGAGAUUCGGAUGUUGCUUGCAUCAUGCAAUCUGAGGUACAGACUUGCAAGCUUCGGUAACACCAGUCCAACAAAUGCAUGUAUAGUGUACAUGUCUGUAGCACUAAAAUUUGAUGACAAUUUUGUUAAGUUUGUGUUUAAAUAUGAGGCUUGACGACGGCACAAAAACAAGCAAAGAAAGUUAAUGUGACAUUCAGAUGUCU